AUGUCGGGAGGAAGCAAGGCCGGUCCUGAAGAGGUUGAGACGGGAGGGGACGUGCCGGCAAGGUUAAGUGGGAUGGAGUUCCCCGUUUGUCCCCCCAAAAAGGAAUCCGUCGGCGAAUCAGCAGCGGGGAAUGGUAUCCAGGAGUGGAGAAGAAAUCAAGAGGCCACGCGUACCCAGACAGACCCCUAG